CUGCCAGCGUCACUUUCUCAGUCGGCCAGCAGUCAGUCUCUAUAUCUCUGAUUUCUCUUUGCACUUCUUGCUACUCUUCAAAAUGAGCUACAGAACCUCCAGCAUCCAGCAGAUCCCUUCCACCCGGGUCUCCUUCACCCGCUCCGCUCCUCAGUACCGAGCUGCCAGCAUUUAUGGCGGUGCUGGUGGACAGGGGGCCCGCAUCUCCUCUGCCUCUGCAUCCUCCCUGCGCUCCAGUGCUCCCAUGUCAUCUUCCUCCAGCGGAUUCAAGCUCCGCAGCGCGAUGGGCGGCGGAGCAGGCUCAGGCGCUGGCUUCGGCGGGGCCAGUGUUGCUGGUGCAUCUGGUGGAGGUGCUGGCAUCCUCGGCAACGAGAAGGGGGCAAUGCAGAACCUGAACGACCGUCUGGCCACUUACCUGGAGACGGUGAGGAACCUGGAGCAGGCCAACAAGAAGCUGGAGACGAACAUCAGGGAAGCCCUGGAAAAAGGGGGUCAGGAUGUGAGGGAUUACAGCAAGUAUGAACCCAUAAUAGAAGACCUACGCAACCAGAUCUUUGACAAAGUAGCAGAGAACGCUCGAUUUGUGCUCCAGAUUGACAACGCCCGUCUUGCUGCAGAUGACUUCAAAGUGAAGUUUGAGAAUGAGAUGGCGAUCCGGCAGUCUGUGGAGGGCGACAUUGCUGGCCUGAAGAAAGUCAUCGACGAAACCAACAUGAGCAGGAUGAACAUCGAAAGUGAGAUCGAAGCUGUAAAGGAAGAGCUCCAUUUCCUGAAGAAGAAUCAUGAAAAUGAGGUGAUGGAGAUGAGGAGUCAGGUCUCUCACUCUGGCGUGCAAGUGGACGUGGACGCGCCCAAAGGUCAGGACCUGGCUCAGAUUAUGGAGGAAGUGCGAGCCAACUAUGAGAAGAUCGCCAUGAAGAACGCAGAGGACCUUAAACGCUGGCAUGAAAAUCAGAUUGCAGAUGUGCAAGUCCAGGUGUCACAGAACACAGAAGCACUUCAGGGGGCUCAGAUGGAGAAAAGCGAUUUAUCCCGACAGAUUCAAACCCUGGAAAUUGAACUCGCGUCUCAACAGAACUUAAAAGCCUCCUUAGAAGACACUUUAAACAACACAGAACAACACAACAACAUGGAAAUGGAGAAGUACAACAACCUCAUAGUCUGCCUGGAGGAAGAACUCACCAACUUGCGGGCGAACAUUCAGCACCAGACCCAAGAGUACGAGGCGCUGCUCAACAUGAAGAUGAAACUAGAGGCCGAGAUCAGCACUUACAAGAGUCUGCUGGAUGGUGGAGACUUUAAGCUCCAGGAUGCACUGGAGGAGCUGGCCGCCUCAAGUUAAUUCAGUACAGAGGUCCGGAGGGAGAACAAAAUCUCGCGCCCACAACCUACAGCAAUCUGAAAAAUGCAUCUUGCUGAUCCACGUAGCCAAAAAAAGAAAUCCUAAAUACAGCCCGGCCACUGAAACUGUUUCAGAAACACACAUUGCCUGUUCUGAUAAAUAAAAGAAAUUGUUCCCAUG